CAAAGAUCUGUCACUGUCAGGUGACUGUCAGUUAAAUUGCGUCAUUUUGGGUGGAUAUAUGGUGGAUUUUGGAAAAGAACAUUUUCACUGUGAUUUUUAACAAUAAUUUUCCCAUAAGAUCUACUAAAUCUCACUGCAGUCAAUGGAUCCGUGCACCCACGAGUCCCCCUUCGAGGCGCUAAGGACCUCACCUGUGAGCUCCGAGAGAGAAGAAGGUGAAAUAGUUGACGAUGAAUUUGAAGAUAUUUCAGAUAAUUCUAUAUCCUUACCAUACUCAGUUUUCGGUAAGUCUGUAUCUUCUAGAGAACAUUUACCAGCUAUUUAUUUAAGCAGCGUUUCUGAAGAUGACUCGCCAAUCUUCUAUGAUGAAAAACCUAUCAGAAAGAGGAAAAAAACGUACAGAAAACGAAAGCAUAGAAAACGGGUAACGUCUAAAAGUGACUCUGAUGAGUUUGCUAAAUUAGAUAAGGUAUUACAAGAGCAGUUGAAAGCUGCUAUCAGGGUUGAUAAUGAUUCAAAUGAAGAACAAAAAAAUAAUAGUUUAAGAACUAGGUUAAGAGGAAUGUCCAAAAAGGAAUGUAUUUUAGAAGAAAAACAAUCUAAUUCCAAUAGUGAGGAAUUAGAUCCUGAAUUAUAUGCUUUAAGAUCAGAAGCUUUAAAAACAGCAGUACUUAACAAAUUCAAAUAUAGAAAAAGAAAAUUCAAGGAUAUUGUCAAGACCCCCCCUAAAGACUGUUUAGAAAACGUGGAAUUAAAACUAGAAAAUGAUACAAAUAUAAUUGAACCUCAGAAUAAAGUAAUCUGUAUAGAACAUGUAGAAGUACCACGAAAGCAAAAUGAAAAUUUGGAAGAGACAGAAAAAGAAGAUAAUGAUGAGGAUGAAGAUGUUUUGAGAGCUUUGCUGUUAGCAUCAAUGACUAAAAAGAUGACAAAAAACACUGAAAAUUUUGCAGUAAAAUCUACUGAAACUAUAGCUUCAACAGCAAAUCCUUUAAUUAAACCUGAAUAUAAAAUUAUAACCAGAUCAGAAAAACAAACAAUUUUCAAAACUCAUCCAUUGCAAUUGCCUAAAGUUAAACCUUUAAUUAUAAAUUUAAAUGAUGACUCUGAUUCAGAAGAUAAUAGCUUUAUCAAAAAAUCUGAUGUGCCAUUGAAACCAAAUCCUCCAAUUAACAAUAUUGUUGAUAUAGAAUCAGCUGUCGAUGCUUUUCUCAAGUCUCAAAGAGCUAAGGUUGAAGCCAAAGAAGUUUUGAAACAGGAAAGCACAAAAGAUAAAUUGGAAAAAUCUUGUGUUAAAUUGUUGCCAAAAAAUAAGCAACUGGAGUAUAAAAACCUUAUCAAAAGGUUAGAAGAUGCUAAAAAAAUGAAACUGAAAAAAACUACCUUAAAAACCAAUGUUGUGGGUAAAGUAAAUACCAAGAAUAAUAAAAAUAGGGUUUUGAUAAAUAAGCAUAUUGAGGUAAACAAAAAAGGACCAUCAAAUGAUAUAAAUGAAGAUCUAAAACUGCUGCAUAAAACCUUAAAAGAAAUGCAAGUGAACAAGGAUGGAAGGUCUCAAAUACAACACAAAUAUGCAAGUCUGUUACCUACUAUUAAAAAAAUAACAGACUCUAGCAGUGAGAGGAAAAAGUAUGAUGAACAGGUAAAAAAGAUUUUGCAAGAACUAAAUGAAGCCAAGAAAAAAUCAAUUGCUGCUCACCAAACCUUUUCAAUUCAUGUUAAAGAACUUGUUGCUAAAAAAGAAGAAAUUGACAAGAAGGUUAGCAAAAAUGUUGCUAAUCAUGUAGUUACAUCAACACCUAUGAAAAAAACUGAAAAAAUUACUGAUUUAUUGAAUGAAAUAUCAACAAACACCCUUACUUCCAAUCCAAAUAAAGAGAACGGAUCAGACAAAGAUCAAGUUGAAAUCAUGAGUAAAGAUAAUAUUGCUGGUAAAUGUAUUGAAACUGAUAUGAAUGAUACAGGACAACCAAAUGGUAACAUACCACAAUAUGUUUCCCCUUUAGAUACAGUAAAUAGAAUUAUAAAUGAUCCAUUUUCAAUAAUGUGUCCAUAUGAUAUAGAUGGAAACUGCUGUGAUGCUGAAUGUAUUUAUAAUCAUUAUUGUGAAAAAUAAAUAUUGUUCUAUAAUGUUAGGUCUCUUUUUGUUAUUAAAAUAACUCUUUUUUGCCAUAUUGAAAUGACUGAACAAGAUGUUAGUGCUAGUAUAGGAAUAAAACAAAAUGUGGAAGCUUUGUUAUAUUUUCUGUAUCCAUUACUUUAAUAAAAAAACAUAAAUUAA